AGGCCAGCCUUCCAGCGCCCUCCGCCACCGCGUACCGCGCGGUGUCGGACCGAAGCCCGGCCUCGUUGCCGAGGCUGGAGGAGAUGCGCCGCACCGUGCAGAGCCUCCUGAACAAAAUAUGCCCAGAGAACGUUGCGACCAUCGCGGAGCAAAUUGGUGAGGUGAGGAUAGAGAACGCCGAUGAAAUGGAGAGCAUAAUCGGCCUGAUUUUCAAGAAGGCGCUUGCUGAGCCUCACUAUUGUGAGACGUACGCGGACCUGGUGUUCACCUUGAGGUCUACGUUCCCGGAGUUUCCUUCGCUCGAUGGCAGCAAGCCGAUAUCCUUCAAGGC